AGGAUUCUGACAAAUGCUUUUGACAAUUUUUAAACUUCCUAUACAGCAGAGUCUUGUUACUCAUUACCGAACAGCUUAUAAUGAGGCUUUUAAUAGAAAAAUCUUACGAUUUACUGAUAAAAGGAUUGAUUUUUGGGCUUCUUACAAGGCACGGCAUGCUUUAGCUGUUAUAGAUAAUAACGAAGGGCUUGACUGUAUGAUGGAGGGUGUACGCGAAGCUGCAAAAGUGAAUAAAUUCAGUGUAAAUGAUCAAUAUAAUAUAAGCAAGUUGACUAGAGAACGUCAAAGUCAAAUGAAUUGUAAUCGAAAUGCUAUAGAUAAACGAAAUCAAGAACUUGCUAAAAAUUAUGCUAAUGAUCGGCAAGAACUACAAGGAUUUGAUUUUAGCCAGGUUGGCUAAAGUCUAUUUAAUUGUAAUUUUUCUAUUUUUUAAUAUAAUACGCUUUUGUAUACAGGAACUGAUUCCUUACAAGUACAAAGCAGAGAAAAGAAUACGUUCAAAUUCAUUCUAUCCUUCAUUUGCGAAAUUAAUUCCAGAUUUUGAUGUAAUUAUCAAGUGCCAAGGAUGUUCUGCAUUUCGAAAGAAAACUGUAUCUGGUUUAUGUUCUUUGUGCUCCUUUUAUAUCUCAGCAGGUUGGUGGGAUUGCUUGUUGAAUAAAAAUUAUACUCCUAGCAGUGAGAAAAAUAUUUUGGAUUUGAAGGAAUUAAUAAAAUUAGCCACAAAAAAAAUAUUUGGAUUCGAUCAUUUGCGUGAAGGACAGCUUGAAGCUAUAGAGGCAUACUUAAAUGGCAAAGAUACACUUGUAUCAAUCAAAACAGGAGGAGGAAAGACAUUAUGUUAUGUCAUUUGUGCGCUAAUUUUUGAAGGAAUAACAAUAGUUAUUAGCCCGUUAAAAGCUUUGAUAGAAGACCAAAAACGAGAAUUAAUACAACUCGGUAUACCCUGCGCAUCAAUUUAUGCAAAUACAAUACAAGGAAGAAGUGAACAAGAGAAAAUAUUUGAAGAAAUUGCCCUUGGGUUUACGAAAAUAUUAUUUAUCACUCCCAAGAAACUUUGUUUAAAUAGGGAAUUUCAAAAUUUUAUUAGUAACAUGUAUGAUAAGGCAAAAGUGCGCUUCGUGAUUGAUGAAGCUCACUGUAUAUUAAAUUAUAGUAAUUUUAGAGAAUCGUGGAAAAAUUUAGGAAUAUUAAAAAAAAAUUGGUCAACAGUUCCUAUCAUGCUAUUGACUGCUACAUGCACUUAUAAAGAUGCUCAAGAUAUCCGCACAUCUCUUGAAAUACAAUCAACAAAUUUUGCUAUGAUUCGAGGUUCUUCUUUUGAGCGCAAAGAAAUAACUAUAGAGGUUUAUAAAAGAAGAGAUAAUCGUGAAAAUUUUUCAAAUGAUCUUAUAAAUUUAAUUAAAAAUCACGAAAAUGGUAGAAUAAUUAUUUACUGCGCAACACAAUCAGGAUGUGAUGAUCUCUUUGCAACUUUGCAACCACUAUUACCAGAUAAAAGUUUAGGUGUAUAUCAUGGAGGAAUAGGUGAUGAACAACGUCAAAUUAUUAUAUCGCAUUGGAAAGAUGGAAAAAUUCAAAUAAUGAUUGGGACAAAUGCGUUUGGCAUGGGUGUUAAUUCUUCCGAUGUUUACCUAGUAAUACAUUGUGUAGCUCCUUUAAACAUGAGUGAGUAAUUAUGUUAUAAUCAUCUUUACACAUCUUCUCAACAUAUUUUUUUGUUUGUAUAUAGCAAAUUUGAUACAGGAAAUUGGACGAGCAGGGCGUAAUGGUAAU